CGGGGCACACGGCGGCCCUAUAAGGAGACUGCGGGAGGCGGCGGAGCCGGGAGGGAGCGGGACUCGGACCUGCGGCGUUGGGUCUGCGCGGUGCGGGAGCGGUGCGGGGCAUGGAGCUGAACACGGAGCUGCCCACGGAGCCGCCCUCGGUGUGGGAUAACGGCACUGCUUGGGAUGCCCUGCCCGCAGCCAGCGGCAACGAGACGGGGCCGCCGAGGGCUAAAAACGCCACGUCCAUCCUCAUCGCCAUCGUCAUCACCGCGCUGUACUCGGUGGUGUGCGUGGUGGGGCUGCUGGGCAACGUGUUGGUGAUGUACGGCAUCGUGCGGUACACCAAGAUGAAGACAGCCACCAACAUCUACAUCUUCAACCUCGCACUGGCUGACGCAUUGGCCACCAGCACUCUGCCCUUCCAGAGCGCCAAGUACCUGAUGGAGACCUGGCCCUUUGGGGAGCUGCUCUGCAAGCUCGUGCUCUCCAUCGACUACUACAACAUGUUCACCAGCAUCUUCACCCUGACCAUGAUGAGUGUGGACCGCUACGUGGCUGUGUGUCACCCGGUCAAGGCGCUGGAUUUCCGCACGCCGGCCAAGGCCAAAAUCAUCAACGUCUGCAUCUGGGUGCUCUCCUCCAUCAUUGGGGUGCCCAUCAUGGUCAUGGCGGUCACCAAGUCAAAAGCAGACGGAACAGUGCUGUGCACUCUGCAGUUCCCUGACCCUCCCAUCUACUGGGACACGGUGACCAAAAUCUGCGUCUUCAUUUUUGCCUUCAUGGUGCCCAUCCUGGUCAUCACCAUCUGCUACGGGCUGAUGAUCCUACGCCUGAAGAGCGUCCGUCUGCUCUCAGGCUCCAAGGAGAAGGACCGCAACCUGCGGCGCAUCACCCGCAUGGUGCUGGUGGUGGUGGCAGUCUUCAUCAUCUGCUGGACUCCCAUCCAUAUCUUCGUCAUCGUCUGGACGCUGGUGGACAUUGACAAGAAGAACCCCUACGUGGUGGCCAGCCUGCACUUCUGCAUUGCUCUGGGGUACACCAACAGCAGCCUCAACCCUGUCCUUUAUGCCUUCCUGGAUGAGAACUUCAAGAGGUGUUUCCGUGAGUUCUGCCUGCCCUUCAGAGCCCGCGUGGAGCAGAACAGCUUCUCCCGAGCACGGAACACCACGCGGGAGCGCAUCUCCACCUGCGCCCCAUCGGAUGGUCGAGGCCAGCCAGCAUGACUAGGCGUGGGUGAGCAGCGGGGAGCUGGGGAUGAGCCACGUUCAGAGGUCACCCAGGAGACCAGCACCGAGCUGUAGCCCCGCUGGGACUGAGCACAAACUGACUGCAAAGAGAGUUUUCUUGUUGGUGGAGCCGCAAGAGGACGCCCAUUGCGUGCGCAGGGUUGUCUUUCUGCCCAUGGAAAUCCCCAUUGGUGAGCAGUGGUUUAUUGGACCUGCAAGCCAGCUCUAGUCCCAGAGAGGACUUUUGAGCUGAUGCUCUUGCUGUGCUAUUGGGACCUCACCGGCAACCCUGCCCAUGGGUGCAAAGCUGGCAAUGCAAACACAGCAUCCCCAGCCCGGCCCCACGGUGACGCUGCAUUCCUGCAUCCCACAGGGCAGCAGGUGCUGCUCCCAUCUAUCUGCUGCCAGAGACAGCCAGCCCAAGGAAGAUCUCAUUACUGAGCAAUUGGUGGGGACUUGAGGAGUUUCUCACAGCACUAACGUGAUUAUGGAGGCGCAUCCAUCCCUCGUCCUCUCCAGCACUGUCAGUUUAUGCACUCACAGCCACGUGAGGCAGAGCCCAACGCAGGGUUGGGGUUUUGUGCUCGGCACCAUGCAGAUGGAUGCCCCAUUCCUCAGCAGCACCUCGAUGAGAGCUCUCUAGUCCCACAGCAGCCAUCAGCCCCAGGGCUCUGCACUGCAUUACUGCUGCUAAAUGGGGACAGAUGUGUUCCUGGUGCCGCUCGCUGACCUUCCGUACCCUCCACCUCCUGCAGCAGCUCUGUGCCCACGAGGUCACACAGCCCACGGAGGAUGGGGCUGGGAAGGAGCACUAAUGGCCUUUAUUGGACAAAUUGAUGGCUCUGGAGGAAGCAGGCGGGCGUGUGGAUGCACCUGGGGCGCGUGGGCUGGAAGGAGAGGCUGCCUCCUGGCUCUGGUUUCUUUCCAGUUGCAUCAAUUGAGCCUAAUGAAGGUCAUUACCUCUC